GCGGGCAGUUCUAUCGAUCGAUCCGCCGUGGGUUUUUGAAAUCUCAUCUGAUCGGUAACGGUAUCUUGUCCUGGAAGACCAUGCAUCCAGCCUCGCCGCACCAGCAUCGUUCGCGUCUGAAUGUCGGCUCGCCGGGAUCGGGUUCGGGCUCGGGAAAUGUCCAGGCCUCCUCCUCGACGGAGACAUUUCCGCUGACACCGCAGCAUCAGCAUUCGGUUCAUAUACCACCAGCCACGUCACUGCCCUAUCAGGGACUAAAGACCUCUGAAAACGAUGACAUGGGCUGCGUGGAGAUCCUGGCCACGGUGGUCUCUGUGCUGAUCAUGGUUCUUACCUUCCCAAUCUCGGUCUUCAUCUGCUUCAAGGUCGUCUCCGAGUACGAGCGAGCGGUGAUCUUCCGUAUGGGACGACUGCGCAGCGGCGGAGCCCGUGGUCCUGGCGUAUUUUUUGUCUUGCCCUGCGUAGAUGACUAUUAUCCGGUGGACCUGCGCACAGUCUCCUUCGAUGUGCCGCCGCAGGAGGUGCUCUCCAAGGACUCGGUGACGGUUACUGUGGACGCGGUGGUCUAUUAUCGCAUCAGUGAUCCCCUCAAGGCUGUCAUUCAGGUGUACAACUAUAGCCAUUCGACCAGUUUACUGGCGGCCACCACAUUGCGCAAUGUCCUGGGCACCAGGAAUCUCUCCGAAUUGCUCACCGAACGCGAGACCAUAUCGCACACCAUGCAGAUGUCCCUGGACGAGGCCACCGAUCCCUGGGGCGUCAAGGUGGAACGUGUGGAGAUCAAGGACGUCUCUCUGCCCACUGCCCUGCAGCGGGCCAUGGCCGCCGAGGCGGAGGCGGCGAGGGAGGCGCGUGCCAAAGUCAUUGCCGCCGAGGGUGAGAUGAAAUCCUCUCGAGCCCUUAGAGAAGCCUCCGAGAUCAUUUCAGCCAGUCCUUCCGCCCUGCAGUUGCGAUAUCUGCAAACUCUGAGCAGCAUUUCCACCGAGAAGAACUCAACUAUUAUCUUUCCGCUGCCCAUGGAGCUGCUCACGCCCUUCCUCAACUCCCACGCCCACUCGCAGCAGUUGCAGCUGCAACAUCAGCAGCAACAACAGCAGCAACAGCAGCAGCAGCAACAUCAACACCAGCAACAUGUGGCGCCUGGCACGCCACUCCACCGGCACCAGCAUCAGCACCAUCAGUGACGCUCGAUGUCGGUGCUGCAGCCAUAUCUGGAGGCACUGCAUCGCUGCGAGCUGCGGCGCCAGCGCCGGCAGCUGAUGGUCGGCGCAGAUGCAGUGCCAGUGCCAGAUGACGAUGAUGAUGACAUCGUUGGCUAUCUGCUGUAGCGGAGCAACGGCGGCAGCAGCGGCAGUUCAGCGGAAAUUGCGGGGGAAAUCCCCGGAAAAUGAUUCAUCAGUGUGUUCGUAUCAAUGCCCUUGCAGAAGGUCUUUAUAUAAGGUUUCUGAUAGGAAAUGUAUGCUCUUUCUAAUAAUUAUUUACAUUUUAAUUUCAAAUUUUAAAGUAAAUUAACAUAAUUUUAUUUAUUUAUAUA